AUGAUGAUGCAGCUCAAGAUGCUCUCAAAGGCCAUGUACAGAGGGCACCGUCUGCUUGAUACCUGGAGGUCCCGAGCCCUCCAAGACGAUGCAGGCUUUGAUGAGGUUAGCAGCAAUAACUCAUCUAGCAGCAGUUUGUAUUUAGCCAUUCCACUCAAACGUUCUCGAACAACAAUGGUGAACGACGACAAGGACAUUCGCCUCGAGUCAGAUGGUGCUUUGGAAAGCUUAGAAAUUGUUGUUGCUAACAUGUCAGAAUUUGUUGUGCUUUUGAGCGAAUGUGAGCGCAUGUCUCGCAGGCCAUAUGACGUUUACCUUUACACCGACAACUUCAUGUUUAGCCGACACGCUGAAAAGCAAAAGCUCUUGAGCUUCUUGUUGGAGCACAACGAUCCUUCAGGUGAUCAUGCAUGGGGCGUCCUCCCGCUCAUAGGUGGUGUCGCAGUUGGGAAGAAAACCUUGGUUGCUCAUGUGUGUGGCGAUGAAAGGGUUCGCUCACGUUUCUCCUUUAUUUUGCACUUGAUUGGAGACAGCCUUUUGGGAAUACUUGAUGAUGGAAGGACACUGUUUGGGAUGAUGUUGGUAGUUAUUGAGUUUUCUUCUGAUGUAGAUGAUGAUGACUGGAAAAAGUUUUGCUCGUUUCUCAUAAGGAUGGGUAGAGGAAGCAAGAUCAUCAUCGUAAGCAAACUUAAGAGAUUAGCCCGGUUGGGAACGGUGAAACCGAUCUUCCUAAGUGUGCUAUCUUACGACGAGUUGAGAUACCUUUUCAAGGCACUAUCCUUCGGGGGUGUAGAGCCCGCAGAACAUCCUCGGCUAGUACAAAUGGCAGAUCAAUUUGCCAAGGAGUUGCACAAUGCACAUGGUUCACUUCUUGCAACAAAUGCGUACGCGAAUGUCUUGAGAAGGAAUCUCGAUGUUCAGUUUUGGCGGCGCAUAAUGGACAAGGGGAUGAGAGUGGUCAAGAGGAACCUCUCCAUGUAUGGCGUGCAUCCCAACACGCUUAUACAACAAGGCCAUCCAAUGGACAUAACAGACUUCGGUUUGCAUCCACUUAGCAUGACACCUUACACAGUUGGUGCUUCAGUGAAGAAGGAACUGCCAUGUGUGACAUUUGCAGAACUUGUAACAGAUCCUAGUGUUGUCCCAAAAGGAGACUUCACUCUAGUUGCAUGGGAAUCCAGGAUACCCCCUCAGAAAUCAUUUGUUUAUAUUGUUACAAGUCGUGCUCAGGAUACACAUCAGGGCAGCGCCUUGCCAGGGAGGAAGCGACAAGGAGUGCCAAUCUAG